AUGGCAACGGAGCUAUUGCAAGUGACGACGCCCGGGUUGGCGUACGUCCUUUUGGGUGGUUUUGUAGUAGCGUUCAGCAUGGUGUCUUUGCUCAUCCGAGAGAAGUUUUACAUCAACGAAGUUGUUCUCGGCACAGCGUUCGGCAUCCUGAUAGGGCCGUAUGUCGCGAACAUUUUCAACCCGCGUUCAUGGGAUGUUGAGACCAACGCGCUCACGCUCGAAGUCAUGCGCAUUGUGCUCGCUACGGGGCUCUUCGCCAUUGGCGUUGAGCUCCCGCAGUCGUACAUGGCGAAGCACUUCAAGAGCUUGCUCAUCAUGGUCGUCCCGACGAUGGCGUUCGGCUGGCUCGUGUGUGCAGGGUUCAUACAUCUCCUGUUCCCGAGUUUGGACUUUACGUCGGCGCUGGCCGUUUCUGCGUGUCUCACACCUACCGAUCCUGUCAUCUCUGCUGCCAUCGUUGGUGGAAAAUUCGCCACGAAGCACGUCCCCGUGAACCUGCGUCGCCUGGUAGUUGCGGAGUCGGCAUCCAACGACGGGCUUGCCUAUCCCUUUCUGACGAUCUCCCUCUACCUCUCAACAGAGUCGUACCGCUCCGCGUUCCGCGAUUGGUUGUUGAUCGGCUGGCUUUACCAAGUCAUAUUGGGAGUGGUCAUCGGGGCUAUCAUCGGACUCAUGUUUUCCUAUCUCAUAAAAUACACCCACGGUAGAGGGUUCAUUGAUCGCGAGUCUUAUGUCGCGCAGUAUCUCGCUUUGGCUAUAUUCACGAUAGGGGUGACGAGUACGCUCGGCAGCGACGACCUGCUUGCCGCGUUUGCCGCCGGGAGCGCGAUCUCCUGGGACGGCCACUUCAACACACAGAUCGAGGACGAGGUGUUCUCUUCCGUGAUCGACCUCGUUCUGAACUGCGCUGCGUUCAUUUACAUUGGCGCCUGGCUCCCGUUCGACCAGUUCAACCAGGCCGCGUUGGGCAUCACGCCUUGGCGCCUCGUUGUGUUGACCGUCGCUAUCCUCACGCUGCGGCGGAUUCCUCCCUUGCUCCUCUUGUACAAGCUCGUUCCGGAGAUUUCCGGUUGGCGCGAGGCGCUGUUCGCCGGGCAUUUUGAUCCUAUCGGCGUCGGGGCCGUGUUUAUUUCAACGCUCGCGAUCACCAAACUCGAACAGCAAACGCAGGACCCGUCGCAGGAGCAGCAGAUUCUCAUUGACUCGCUAUCCCCGAUCGUAUCCUUCCUUGUUCUGUGCUCCAUCAUGAUCCUCCCUCUCGCGCACGCUCACCGCGCGGGGCACCGAGGUGCCCGACUGGCUCCUCUGGGCACGGCGCUCGCCCCCGCCCCUCCCCACGUCCCUGCCCGCCUCUGCCCCGGCCUCGGCGGCGCUGUCCCGCACGCCCUCGCAGCUGGUGUUCCAAGCCCACCUGCGCGAGGACGGCGGUGA